UAUUUUGUGCUAAAGCAAUAUGUUUAAUCCUUGUUUUACCUUUGCUGCUGACUCUCAUUUCCCGUUUCCGUUUCCGCUUCCACACCCACCAACACUUGCAGCAGGAAUUCUUUACCGAAGAGUGACUGUCUCGUAAAUUGUGGUGAUAUAUGCUUUAGGAAGAAAUCGGUUGAUUGUAUAAAUACAAAUUGGCAAGAAAAUGUUGCUUUUUAGUGCAUUUUUGUUUUUCGCGGGCAUACUCCUUGUGAAGGCCGACGCUUACUUCGACAAAACCUCUUCAUCUGCUCCGGUAGCAACUACGAUUUAUUCCGUCGUCAGUGGCACUGAAAUUACCAGUGCAGUUACUACCAUUACAGCUAGCAGUACCAAAACAAAAACUGCUCCAACUACCGUUUUUGACUGCCGGUCAGCAAGCUACAUUGCCUCUGACGUUCCCAUCUGCAAACCCACAGAUGGAGUCCGCUGGGUGAAGGAUAAGUCGUAUCUUAUUCAAUGGGAUCCCUAUUACUUUGGCACAGAGAAUAUUAAUCUUGUUCUUUCGUACAAGAAUUCAACCGGUUUGGUUGCCGUGGAAAAGAAGCUUAAUAAUUACAAAGGAGAGAUUACACUCAAAGUGAACAAGGACUGGUUGCAUGACGAUGACAACCAAACAAUCACCGUAGAUUUGGAGACUACCGGCACCAACAACGUUACAUUGAUUACUGGCCCUACCGUCAACCUGGCCUCUGCAUUGACGGAAGAAGAAAAGGCUGCAGAAGAUGCUGCUCUUUACGGGCACAAACGAAACCUUAAGGCAGCUAUCAUUGUUCCUGCCAUUUUCCUUGUGAUCAUUUUGGCCGCAUGUAUUUAUCACGCCCAUACCAAGGACACUUGGCGUUAUUGGUUUUACCGGUUGCGUAGACCUCGUCACGGUUACGGUAUCCGUCGCAGUCGUCGUCAACGUAUGGCUGCAGAUGAACAAUGGAGCACUAUUCCAGACGAGGCUUACUCUACUGUGCAUGAAGAUACUGAUGACUAUCACAAUAUUGCAUCCAAAAAGCUUUACCAGUCUUAGAAAGUGGUCAAAGUGUCUGUCAUUAGACUUUCUUUUUUCCGUUGACUUCCGUUUGCCCUUGGUGAGUCUAUGAUAUUUUAUUAGUAACGGUUUAUUAGUUUAAAAGCGUGUCCAAGUAAUAUAAUAAA